AUGUCCGCCCCCAUGCUCUCGCGACGCCUCCUGCUCACGGAAACCGUGUCUUCCGCCGCCGCCGUAGGACGGUGGUCUCGUUUCGCUAUCAAUGCCUCCGCCUGGUCUCACAACUGGCUUAAGCCCGCCGCCAUUUCCUUGAGCAUUCCUGGGAUCAUGGAGGGCCUUUGGGACUCUGUUCUCCGCGCCGUCCCCAAGAAGAAGACUUCUCACAUGAAGAAGCGUCAUCGACAAAUGGCUGGCAAGGCUUUGAAGGACGUCAAGAGUCUCAGCACAUGCUCCGGAUGUGGCCAGGUGAAGCGCUCGCACGUCCUGUGCCCCCACUGCGUCGAAAGUGUCAAGAAGCAAUGGAAGCAAACUCAGACGGCUUAA